CAUUUUACAGGAUCGCAUUCGAAUCUGACCACAAGUGUAAGCAAGUGGUGGCACAGGAACCCUCAUUGUCACAGCUCUCCACACUGCAUGGACGAUGCUCGGUGACCUAUGAAGAUGUAACAGUGAUAUUCACUCAAGAGGAGUGGGCACUAUUAAAUUCUUCAGAGAAGAAACUCUACAGAAAUGUGAUGUGGGAAAACUUCAGAAACUUUCUGUUGAUAGGAAAGUUACAAGAGGACUAUUCCAACAAAGAGCAGUAUAACCACCAAGCAAGUAAAAGUAAUAGAGUGAAAAUCUCUGAGGCCAAAGAACAAAGUCAAAAUGGUGGGAAACCUCAAGAAUCUGAAGUAUACAACAAAGUAUUCACUUAUUCCAGUCAGCAUAAAAAACACAAAAGAACUCUCAUUGGAAAGAAACCCUAUGAAUGUAAACAAUGUAGUAAAACAUUCAGCACAUCCAGUUAUCUUUGGAUACAUGAAGGAACCCUCAGUGGAGAGAAACCCUAUGAAUAUAAACAAUGUAGUAAAACGUUACAUGAAUCCAGUGCUUUUCAGACACAUGAAAGAAUUCACAGUGGAGAGAAACCCUAUGAGUGUAAGCAGUGUAGUAAAACAUUCAGUCAAACCAGUGCUCUUCAAAGACAUGAAAGAACUCACAGUGGAGAAAAACCCUAUGAAUGUAAACAAUGUAGUAAAACAUUCAGGGAAUCCAGUGCUCUUCGGAGACAUGAAAGAACUCACAGUGGAGAGAAACCGUAUGAAUGUAAACAGUGUAGGAAAACAUUCAGUCGAUCCAGUCAUCUUCGGACACAUGAAAGAACGCAUAGUGGAGAGAAACCGUAUGAAUGUAAACAAUGUAGGAAAACAUUCAGUUGUUCCAGUCAUCUUCGGAUACAUGAAAGAACGCAUAGUGGAGAGAAACCCUAUGAAUGUGAACUAUGUAGGAAAACAUUCAGUUGUUCCAGUUCUCUUCGGACACAUGAAAGAAUGCACAGAGGAGAGAAGCCCUAUGAAUGUAAACAAUGUAGGAAAGCAUUCAGUUGUUCCAGUAAUCUUCGGACACAUGAAAGUACGCACAGUGGAGAGAAGCCCUAUGGAUGUAAACAAUGUAGGAAAACAUUCAGUCAAUCCAGUCAUCUUCGGAGACAUGAAAGAAUUCACAGUGGAAAGAAGCCCUAUGAAUGUAAACAGUGUUGUAAACUAUUCAGUCAAUCCAGUACUCUUCGGACACAUGAAAGAACUCACAGUGGAGAAAAACCCUAUGAAUGUAAACAAUGUAGUAAAACAUUCAGUUGUUCCAGUGCUCUUCAGAGACAUGAAAGAACUCACAGUGAGAAAAACCCUAUGAAUGUAAACAAUGUAGUAAAACAUUCAGUUGUUCCAGUGCUUUUUAGAGACAUGAAAGAACUCACAGUGAGAAAAACCCUAUGAAUGUAAACAAUGUAGUAAAACAUGCAGUUGUUCCAGUGCUCUUCAGAGACAUGAAAGAACUCAUAGUGGAGAGAAGUUCUAGGAGUGUAAACAAUGUAGUAAAACCUUUGGUGAUUCCUCUACUCAUCAGGUACUAAAAUAACUCACAGUGGAGAGAAAGCCUAUGGAUAUAGAUGGUGCAGUGGAACAUUCAGCAAAUUCAGUCAUCUUUAGUCACAAGAAAUAAUGCACAAAGGAGAAAAACCCUAGUAAUAAUAGACAAUACAGAAAACCUUUUAAUUAUUCCAUCACUAAUAGAGCAUAUGAAAAUAGGCACAGUGUUGAUUAAACAGUGAGUUUGGUAAUCGUCAGUAAUAUGAAAAUGCUCACAGUGCAGAGAAAACAUUAACUAAAAUUUAAAAAUAAUUAAAGAUGAUAUUUUUUAAUAAACUAGUGAACCCAUACCUAUAUGCUUGUAAGGAAUGUAAGUAUUUCAAUUCUUCAUCUUUAAUAUCAUUUUUAAAUCUUUCUAAAUAUGUAUUCAUGUAGAAUGAUAGGAAGAGAUACAGAGAGAAUCAGAAUUCACUCUGGUAUAUCUCUGUGCUGGUGGGGAUUGAACUUGUGAACUCCUGCUUGAGAGUCUAAAGUUAUAUUACUGCACCACCUCCUGGACUAUCUUCAUCUUCAAUUCUAAUACAUAGAAAAGCCCACUUGGUACUGAAAGUCUAUUAAUGUGAAAAUGAUUAAAUAUUUAAAUAGAGUGAUAUUUUUCACACACAUAAAUGCACUAGUAUUAGAAAAAAGACCUUGGGACGUGGAGCCAAGAUGGCGACUUGGAGGCAGCUUCUGGCAUGAGCUCUGACAACAGUGGCUGGAUAGGUAGGAUAUUACACUAUCAGCAGGACUGGGAAAAAGGGGUCCUAAGUGUGACACCAAGGAGGUAACUAUACCUCAAUCUUGGAUUAGAAAACAGAGGAAAAAGAAAGAAAAUCUUAUGAUUUUUCCUGAAGUGCACCACUCCCCCCACCCCAAAACCAGAACCCCAGGGGCUGGAGAGCUGAUACUAGCAGGCUCCUUGCUGAGCUUCUUUACCAAGAUUCCUGGCUCAACAGGGGUGUCAUUCCAUAUCUUUUCCAAUUUGAUUUUGAUUUCCUUCUCUUUUUCUAAGUGGAAGGAGCUCUAAUUGAGUAACAAAAUAUCUGACCAAUCAGAGCCUCACCCCUGCCUGGGAAAGAGAAAGAAAUCAAAGGAAUACAGAUUGGAAGGGAAGAAGUCAAGCUCUAUUUGCAGAUGAUAUGAUAGUAUACAUAGAAAAACCUAAAGAAUCCAGCAGAAAACUACUGGAAGUUAUUAGGCAAUACAGCAAGGUGUCAGGCUACAAAAUCAAUGUACAAUAAUCAGUGGCAUUUCUCUAUGCAAACACUAAAACUGAAGAAGACAUCCAGAAAUCACUCCCAUUCACUGUUGCAGCAAAAAAAAUCAAUAAAAUUAAAGCUGACCAAAAGAAGUAAAAGCUGACCAAAGAAGUGAAAGACUUGUAUACUGGAAACUAUGAGUCACUAUUCAAGGAAAUAGAAACUGAUACCAAGAAAUGGAAAGACAUCCCAUGCUCAUGGAUUGGAAGAAUAAAUAUCAAAAUGAAUAUUCUCCCUAGAGCCAUAUACAAAUUUAAUGUGAUCCCAUCAAAGUUCCACCAAUAUUCUUUAAGAGAACAAAAACUGCAAUCAUUUAUCUGGAACCAGAAAACACCUAGAAUUGCCAAAACCAUCUUGAGGAAAAGAAACAGAAAUGGAGGCAUCACCCUGCCAGAUCUCAGACUAUAUUAUAAGGCCAUCAUCAUCAAAACAGCCUGAUACUGGAACAAAAAUAGGCACAUAGACCACUGGAACAAGAAUUGAAAACCCAGAUCUAGUCCCCCACACCUAUGGAUAUCUAAUCUUUGAUACGGAGGCCCAAAUUAUUAAAUGGAAGGAGGCUCUCUUCAAUAAAUGGUGCUGGGGAAACUGGGUUGAAACAUGUAGAAGAAUGAAAUUGAACCACCUUAUCUCACCAGAAACAAAAAUUAAAUCCAAAUGGAUCAAGGACUAGAUGUUAGGUCAGAAAUUAUCAAAUACUUAGAGGAAAACAUUGGUGGAACACUUUUCCACCUAAAUCUCAAGGACAUCUUUGAUGAUACCCAACUGCAAGGAAAACUAAAGCAGAAACAAGCCAGUAGGACUACAUCAAAUUGACAAGCUUCUGCACAGCCAAAGAAUCUAUCACACAAAGAGAACUCACGCAGAAUGGGAGAAGAUCUUCACAUGCCAUACAUCAAGAGACUAAUCACCAAAAUAUACAAAGAGCUCAGCCAACUUAGCACCAAAAAAGCAAAUGACCCCAUCCAAAAAUGGGUAGAGGAUAUGUACAAAACUUUCCCUUCACAGGAGAUCCAAAAGGCUAACAAACAUGAAAAACUGCUCAAGGUCACUGAUUGUCAGAGAUACCACCUCACUCCUGUGAGAAUGGCAUACAUCAAAAAGGACAGCAGCAACAAAUGCUGAAGAGGCUGUGGGGACAGAGGAACCCUUCUGCACUGCUUGUGGGAAUGUAAAUUGGUCCAGCCUCUGUGGAGAGCAGUCUGGUGAACUCUCAAAAGGCUAGAUAUGGACCUUCCAUGUGACUCAGUAGUUCCUCUCCUGGGGAUAUACCCCAAGGACUCUUAACACUCAUCCAAAAAGAUAUGUGCACACCUAUGUUCAUGGCAGCACUAUUCAUAAUAGCUAAAAUCUGGAAGCAACCCAGGUGCCCAACAACAAAUGAUUAGCUGAGAAAGCUGUGGUAUAUAUACAUCAAUGGAAUACUAUGCAGCUAUUAAGAACAAUGAAUCCACCUUCUCUGACCCAUCAUGGAUGGAGCUAAAGGAAAUUAUGUUAAGUGAGCUAAGUCACAAAGAUAAAGAUGAGUAUGGGAUGAUCCCACUCAACAAAA